AAAGUUAAAAGCAUUUUCAGCCGAAAGAGAUCCACUCAUCUUCCUCGACUCAAGCGGUGGAAGCGUUCUUUCUCACGCUUCCUUACCGACUCACCCUGGUCCUCCGGCCUCCGUCUCCCUCACCGCCGCUCCCCUCCUCUUUCCACCCCUUUUCGUCUCUGUCUCUUUUUGCUUUUACCAUUCUGGCCCCGCAACUGUCUCCUGGCUAAAAAAGCAAAAUUGGAACCCAUCCCAAUCCCUAAUUCUUUCAGCCCUCAUUCGUUGUCGCUCUCGCGCAGAGAGAGCCCUGUCCGAGAAAUCUCUUCAGGCAUCGUCUUCUACCGACACCAUCUUCGUUCUUCUCCACUAUCACCUCUUCUCGAUCACACCUUUUGCUCCUCCAUUCCAUCCCUAACUCCUCUACUAUCAAAACCCCUCUUCAUGUUAGAAUCAAUCAAAGUGGGCUAGGGUUUCAAGCGUCUAUCCAAAUCUCUUGCUCCAUUAUCUGAUUGUUUAUUGUGGCAUGUUCGUUUUUUUUUUCUGAUUCAUUUUGAUUGAUUCUUCUUCGUUUACUCUAGUAUUUCGAUCUUCACAUUGUGUUCCCUUGGAGGGGCACUGUGAUUUUUUGUUUUUGUUUUGCAGGGGACAAAAUUCAGGGAGCAGCUACCAUGGACUUCCCCUGUAACGUCUUAAGAUUGAGUUCAUGUAAUUGGUGGAGCACUUCUGAUGGCAGGCCGUAUCCUUUUGGUUAAUCAAGUGUUCUGUUUGCAAGUAGUCUAAUUAGGAGAGUGGAGUUCCAAAUCCGUUGACAGUUAUUGAAGCUUUGAGAAGCAAAAGACUUAGAACGACAUACGCAAGCUUCAGGGGAUCAAACAAGAAUGCUUCAAGAAGCUUAAGAAAGGAAUACUUUGGGGCAUUCACUUAGGAAGUUAAUAUAGUUUAUACCGUUUGUAUUAAGAGUUGAAUUAAUUACUUGUAUUUUAUUUUGCUAAAGCACAAUGACGUGCUUUAAUACUAAUUAAAUGAUUAAGAACUAAUUUGUUUGUAGUA